AUGUCAAAAUCCAGAUCGACUGGCAACCAGUCAAAGAAGGACGGAAACACUAGCAGCAAAUUUGAGAGAGGUCACAAUGGGACUCAUAAGUCUCAGUAUCUCAAGACAAAGGACAAGAAGCUGAAGGCAGGCCUGAAGAGAAUAGAUGAAAAGUACAAACAAGCAGUGUCUUCCGCUGCUGCAACUGAAUAUUUAUUACCAGAGGCCCAAGGCUACCUAGAAGCCGAAAAUGAAAUGGAAAAGACUUUUAGAAUAAGGCAGAGUGAGAUUAAGGAUGCAGUUGAUGUUACGACUGCUGCAAAAGCUUUAGAUCUAAAACUGAAAGAAUUCGGGCCUUACUCGAUUAACUACUCAAGAAAUGGUACACAUUUGCUAAUAUGUGGAAGAAAAGGACAUGUCGCUUCCAUGGACUGGAGGAAGGGAGACCUUCGUGCCGAGAUGUAUCUUAAUGAGACAUGCCAAACAGCUACUUACCUCCAAAGCGAGCAAUAUUUUGCCGUUGCCCAGAAGAAGUAUACUUUUAUCUAUGAUCACGAAGGUGUUGAAUUACACCGUUUAAAGCAACAUAUCGAAGUUAAACAUAUGGAGUUUUUGCCUUAUCAUUAUUUACUGGCAACGGCUGGCCAAACUGGAUGGCUUAAAUAUCAAGAUGUCUCAACUGGUCAGCUCGUUGCAGAACUCAGGACAAAGCUAGGACCUACCUCUGCAAUGGCACAAAAUCCAUGGAACGCUGUUGUACAUCUUGGCCACGCAAAUGGUACAGUAACUUUGUGGGCGCCAAAUAUGCCCACCCCUCUCGUUAGACUACUUUCAGCCCGUGGACCGAUAACUAGCAUUGCCAUUGAUAGACAAGGCUACUAUAUGGCAACUACAGGAGCAGAUAAAUCAAUGAAAAUUUGGGAUAUCAGAAAUUUCCGAGAAUUGCAUUCAAUUGAAAAUCUACCAACGCCUGGGUCAAACGUAGCUAUCUCCGAUACCGGUCUAUUAGCCGUAACUAGAGGACCUCACGUCACACUCUGGAAAGAUGCAUUGAGGAGUAGUAAAUCCUCAAGACCAUAUUUUGGUUCAAGCGGAUUUUCCGACAGAAACACCCCGUAUAUGUCACACUUGUUUCCCGGCAACAGAGUAAACAAUAUACAGUUCGUUCCUUUCGAAGAUUUAAUAGGUGUUGGCCAUGAAAAUGGUGUUACCAAUCUAAUUGUGCCAGGGGCAGGUGAGGCGAACUACGAUGCUCUAGAAAUCAAUCCAUUUGAGACCGCAAAGCAGAGACAAGAACAAGAAGUGAGAACACUGUUGAACAAAUUACCUGCUGACUCCAUUGCAUUGGAUCCAAAUGUUAUUGGAACUGUAGACAAUCGUGCGUCCGCUGUCAGAUUGAAUGCAAAAGCUUUGGCCGAGAUUACUACAGAAAAGGAAAAUUUGUCUAGAUCAAAUAAGGACAUUCCUGAUGUCAAGCCAGACGUCAAAGGGAAGAACUCUGGUUUGAGGUCAUUUUUGCGUAAAAAAACUCAAAAUGUUAUAGACGAAAGAAAGAUAAGGGUUCAAAAGCAACUAGAAAAGGAGAAGUCUGCGCGUCACAGGAAGGAAAUGAUCAAGAGGGGAGAGAUUGAUGAGGAACACAAGGAUCUUGUAAGCGAGGCAUUGAAUAGAUUUGGUUAG